CAUCAUUAAAAACAGGCACUAGCGGUUAGUUUGUUCGAGGACUUUUAAUAUUGUGAAGCCGGGGAAACAGAAUUCAAAAUUUCAGAACACGAAUCUCUUAUUUACUCCUCAAUAAUCUUCUUCUUCCUCCUUCUCUAAUUCCAUUCCUCUCUGUAUAUCCUUAUCAUUUGGGGGUUAGGGUUAGGGUUUCUAGAAUUCGUCGUUUUCUGUGAGUCGUUUGGAAGUCCCAGGUUAAUCCGAUAAUUGUGGAGGCCUCGGAAGAAAUGGAGAGAGCCGCUGUAGAAAACCUAGAUUUCUUCCGGCGUAUUAUAUAUGUGAUCGACGAUUUAGGAGAAGCUGUUAUACGAAACAUUCUCAGUCGGCUGCCGGCCAAAUCAUUCGCAUCGGCGGCGUGUGUUAGCCGUUCAUGGAACACUAUCUGCAAUAGCAUACUUUCCUCCCCUAAACUCGCAUCUGCCGUCUCUUUUAACCCUUCACUUGAGAAAGCUUUGAACGAGGUUGUGGAAAAGGUUCUGAUGGAACCAAUUCGCCCUCAUUUCGUAUUGGCCUCUAUUGGUCCCUGCUUUAUCUUGCAAGCAGCUCUACAACGGAUUGAAGGGAUAUUUGGUUCCAAGAUUCCUAUUAUUAUCAAUGUGGCUGAGGGAGUCAUUGGCAGGGAUGUGCGUACAGAUAAGUUUGUAGAGGUACAAUGGGCACUUUUGGCAGCAAAGAAGAAAUAUUCUUGGUCUACUGACACUCAGCCAACAGCGACCUGCGGCAUGAUAUUGACAGUUGGAUUUUUGCCAGGACUGAAGGUUCAUUUAGUUCCUUUAUUCCGAAGUCAGGGACCUCAAAGACUUCUCGUUGACAAAUUUGUUAUGGAUAUUAGAGAAGUUGCAUCAGCUUUUUCCCAUUCUUCAUCUCCUGCCGGAAUCAUGUUGUUUGCUGACCGGAAAACAAACAUCUUACCCGUUCUUCAAAAAACUGAAUAUGCAUUUUCCAAGGAUACUUUCAUUGUGGGUGAUGGAGGUAGUGAAUUAUUAUUUCGAAUCAGUGAAACUACUACCAUGCCACCAAAUUCCACGUUUGCUGCUGUUGCCCUAUUGUUCACAAGGGAUAUAAACAAGCCUUUAGGUAUCAGGGAAAUUCAAUUUCAUGUCAUGUUAUCAACUGGCGUAACAGCAGUUGGUCCUGUAUACAAGGUACUCUCUGUUGAAGAGCACGGAACUUCAACUUGCUUCACUGCAACGAGAGAAACAAUUCCUGAGCCUUUUGAGGGUGAAGCUAUUUUACAUGAUAUUCUUGAUGAGGUUGGAGAAGAUAUUAUGUUUGCUGCUAAAGCUACCUAUAUUGGAGUAACAAAAAGUAGAAGUUGCUCGGUUGGGACGGAAAGAGCAAAACUGAUGCAAUUUCAUGAAUUCCAUAAAUUUGAACCUGUGGGCGACGAAGCAUUGCCACCUGUCAGGUCUGUUGGUAUUAAUAGUGGAGAUCCCUUUCGUUUCUACAUCUCAGACAAAGACCCCGCUUUGUCAACUACCUACAACAUUUAUUAUAUGCUUAUGGAUCUAAAGGAAGAUUUUAAUAACAGAAUAAAAAAACAUGAAAAGGCAGAAGUUUUUGGUGGAAUUGUUUUUUGCUGCCGUGGUCGUGGUGGUAACUAUCUCGGAAGUCCUGAUUAUGCUUGCUUCCCUUUUGUGGACAACUUUCCCGGUGUUACUUUUGCGGGAACACAUACUUCUGCAGAAAUAGCUCGUGGGUGUUUCGGCUAUUUGUAUGGCGAAUCUGAUCAAGAAAACAACGCUGAUAUUCACUGCAAUCUUCAUCCUUACGGUGCUCUUUACCUAGUUAUGUCUUACCAUUGUCCAAUACCAGAGAGGUAGGCCUUUAUCAUUUUGUUUUCUCUGUUGCAUUUGCAAUUGAUAUUUCAACAUUAGUGAAGAUGCAGUCUGUAAAUUUUUGUAUAUUACUUGACAUUUCCUAUACUAUAUACAUGUCUGUUUUUUUUUUU